UAAGUAUUCCAUAAACAAAAUUUGUUUAAAAACCAUUUAAACUACGUUAUUGAGGUCACGUGAGCCUCAUUCUGAUGCGGUUUAAAUGUGUUCUAUGUGAACGCGCAUAACGGUUCCACUAACGGUUCUGAGAGGAGACGGUCAUGAAGUGAGAGAUUAUUUGAUCUGAACAUGGAUAUGGAGUUUGAUAAGUCUCUUCUCACAGUCCACAUAAACUACAAUAACUUUCCAGCGAAGUUAUGGUGUUUGACAAACGAUCCUGAAAACAACUCGGUCUUCUGGAGCCCAAGUGGAGACAGCUUGAUAGUGGACCAGCAGCGGUUCGAGGACGAACUGUUGUCACCGGUCAAACAAGACGCUAAACUCUUCAAGACCACCCACUUCACCAGCUUCAUCCGGCAGCUCAACCUGUACGGCUUCCGGAAGCUUUUCGACGGGCCCUCCAAAGACAGACACCGCAACCUGCACCAGUUCCACAACCCCUACUUCAAACAGGGUCGGCCAGAACUUCUGGUCCAUCUGAAGAGGCUGACCAUCAGUAACAAGGCCAAGAUGCAGGCCGGAGAGGACGUGACCUGUCGUCCCCCGAGCCGAGGCCAUCAGCAGCGGCGACACAACACUACAGAGGAGAAAACUACAGGUUCUGCACACCAAUAUCAGCACAUAUCCCAUCAUCAGCCGAAGGGGUUUGACCGAAGCCUGAUCCCUCCCCAGUCCUGGAUCUUUCCUUGCAGCGAUGUGUCCCCUUUCUACUCCAACAAAGGCAUCCCGGUGUCGGUCAUCCGGCCGUAUCCGUACAGCACUCCUCACAGAGCUCAGUCCAGUCCCGCUGCCCUGUUCCCACAGGAAGCUAAAUAUAUCCCUCAUCACCUGUCCUAUCCUCCUGGAUUUUACCCGCCAGUAGUUUGUCAGUGUUGCACUGCUGGAUUUAUGGAAGCAGAUCGAACAAGUGGCGAUCAAACAUCUCUGUCAUACGCACAUUAUGCUUAUUACCCGCAGAAUUAUUCAGUGAGCCACCAUCACAACAGCAUCCAGACCGCAAACUGGCCAGCACACGGUACACCUGAGGCUCAAAGGGCGGACGUGAACCUUGACAGAGUGUUCCAGAUGGUGGACGAGUUCCAGGGGUUGCCGAACGUCCACAUAGUCCGAGUGGGCACCCCUGUGAAGCCCCAGCACUCCUCCGGCUCUCCUGUCUCCACGCUACCUGCUGAAGCCGACAGUCCUCAGAGCUCCAGGUCCGAGACUGCAGUAUCCAGUCCUCAGAGAGACGUGCGUUGGUCCACCAUCGCCAGCGGUGUGAGCACUCAGUACAUCAAACUCGAGUCAGAGGGACACGAGGUGGAGAAUCAAGGACCCGCCCAGCUCAAAGAACAUGAUUCAACAUCUCUGGAGUCCUCAGAAAAGGCUACAGAUCAGAAACUGACAGCAGAGCAAGACUCGUGAAAAACACUCCCUGCAGCUUCUUUAGAUGACAGGCAGGAUUCAUCAGCAUAUGCACAUGACAUCAUAUCCAAAAAACAAAGCUCUUAUUUACAACAUUUUAAACUUAUUUAAGAAAGUUUUGUAUGAUUUCAAGUAGUUUUAGUUUUUUUGUUUUCUCGAAAAAAGUAAUUUUCUCAGAAUUUUGACUUUAAUUUUAAUGGUAUUUUUAUGCUAAAUACACAUGCUUUGAAUAUCUACAGUGAACGUGAUAUUUUAUUUGUAAUUAACUCAUAUAUAUUUCAGUAUUUAUAAGCAUCAAUAUAUAAUUUAUAUAUUUAACAUUAGCACAAGAGUGAAAGUCAGAUUGUAAUAGCACUGAAAUGAACUGAUUUGUUUUCAGCUAAAUUUGAAUAAAUGCAAAGCGAGUGAAUCCCUGA